AUGGCGUUCACAGUUCCCACUCUACACAAUGGUCACCUCGUCAGAUUCUUCUUCCUCAAUUCCUUUGCUAUAAGUUGCUUGGGUGUCCAAAGAAAUUCCUAUUCUUAUGACAACAUUGUAAAAGAAGCCCGUUGUACUGCAAAGUGCUACACCCAAGUUACACCACAUUUUAUCAACGGGAUUGAAGGAAAAAGCACCACUGAGACCUCUAGUGCACCUGUGCCUCCUGAUGGCGAACUCAUGGUACAGAAUCUCACUACUGUGGGAAAGUUUGUCGAACGUGAACAGAGUAACACGUUUGCCGUGAACGUCUCGUGGGAGCCACCAUCUUUCAAAUACAGGCGCGUUACCUAUUACAACGUGUCAUGCCAUUCCUCUGGUUAUCCACGUGAUGAGUUUCGAAGUUAUUCGAAAACCAACCUGCAAAGAACAUCAAUUAGAAUAGCGGCAAUACUGCCACGACAACUCGUCAACAUCGAGGUAACCCCCUUUUACAAUGACAAAUACAUCACAGGAAAAAGUAAGAAAACAGUGGGCAAUGCACCUGGACCAAGAACAGAUCUGGUGAAAGUUGUUGGACUGAGCCGUAAUGAACUGAUGCCCAGCUCUGAUGAAUCAUUCCGCACGACAGUGUUUUGGCAGAAACCGCUGUUCAACCACAGUGUAGUUCAAUAUUACAGAUACAGGAUAAGUAACACCUCAUCGGAAACAGUUGGGAAGAAAAAGAGGAGAGCUAUUGACCUCAACACCGACCUUACCACG